UUCAUAAACGACAUAAUACCCAUAUAAUUUAUUUCAAGAAUCUGUAUAGACUAACGUUAUUUAACAUAUUGCAUAUAUUAUGCCUCGUCACGGCUCAAAAUUAUCCAAUACGCGAAAUAUGUAACUAUACGUACAUGUCCUACUACCUAUUACAUGCAUCCUUCUUACGUACAUAUCACUAGUUUCUAGUUUGCACUUUUCUUUAUGUCGAACCUAACAGUAUUUGAUCAAUCGCCUAUAUACACCAAACUUUCUUGCAGUCAACUUUCGCGCACUUAAUUAUUGAAAAUUUUCAUUCAAAAGGUUCAGUAUAUGUGAGAAUUGCACUUUAUAAAUAAUAAUAAUAUCUCGGCCUGAUAUAGAAUCACAAAUAAUUGAGACUGCGCUAUCUCUCUAAACUUUCUGUUAAUUUUUUCGAGAAAAGUGUCACGAGAUCCGAUUUAAUGCUCGGUAGCACUGACCGUAUACUUAUAGCCUUGUAUUCUACUCGCCAAUUUCUUUUUACAACGCAUAUUUUGUGAAAGUAAAGCACCGCAAUCAUCAGACGGAAAAUUAACGUUUGCUAAAUAUAUCCCGUGUCUGCCUACAAUAACACUUUUCGCGCCAAUGAUAGUUUUUGUCAAGGAGCCAGAAGCGAUAAGAAACUGUUCUUGUGCAUGGCACAUUUAUUUGAAUUCCAGGAGCUUUAAUCAUAGGUAGGGUUUGUGUGCUGAUUUCUUUUUGAUCUUGAAUGUAUUCACGAAACGAAACAAUACAUAUAUUUCGACGUUUUAGAUACAGAAGUGUUUAUUGCAUUUGUCGCAGUAAAAACUAACCUGCAGUCAUUUUUCUGAGCCGGGCAUAACAAAGCUAGAACACAAGAUUACAUUUUUUCAAACAUGUCCAUCCAUACACGCGCGCAGCAUUGAAAAAUGUUGCACUACUAUUUCGCUUCUAAUGAAAUCUGUAAAAUCCCCUUAAUCACCCUAAAUCCCCAACAAUAAAAGUUCUCUGCUACUGUCCCACGUGACAAGUGCCAAUGAGAUCUCGCAUUACUCAACUGCGCGCUCUGCGUGCACGUGACUAAUUUUUUUCGAAAUCCCUUCCCUUUCCAUUAUGCAGGCUCUAGAGCGGCUAUAAUCGAAGGCGUAGGAAGAGGAGCGAAGAGGGCAUAGUGCACGGAGAGCGCGAGAGGAGCCAAUACAUAUUGCAUCCUCCCGCGCGAGCACUUCUCCGACUCGACCUUCUUCACUUUCACUUCUGGCUCAUCUGACGCGCCGGAGAGGAUCGCGCGUGCCACACGCUACCGAACCCGCGACCGGGAGAGCUCGCGUUGUUGUUACUCGCUAGUGCGGGAGAUCGAUCGGGCUGCGACGUCGUUAUUCAGAUUGCUGUCCUAACUCGGCCCAAGGAGCUCGACAUCAUGAAGCAAGGCACCGCUUGGAUUCUCUGCAUGGUUCUGGCUGUCGCCGCUGCCGCUCAGGAGUCCUUCAACACAACCCCACCGCCGGUGACGUCAGAUUUCUCUUGCUCUGGUCGUCAGAUGGGCUUCUACGCUGACGCAAGUACGAAUUGCAGGGCAUAUCACACAUGCGACGAUCAUGGCAACCACUUCACGCACUACUGUCCCGAGGACACAGCAUUUCGUCAAGACGCGAUGGUCUGCGAUCACGCCUACCUUGUCGAUUGUCAAGCGAAUAUCAACAACGCUCCCCUGCGUUCUAGGAUCGAUUUAGAUGACAACCACGAUGCGCCACCGUCGUCUUUCGUAGAACCUCGUGGGGAAGGAACUAACGCCAAGGGAUACGCAAGAUCUUUUAGGAUCAAUCCCGAUUCUAAGAACAACGCCAACUCUAAGUAUCCCACCUUCGUUCUCAAUUCCAGUGUGUUUUUGAAAAAUAGAGACUCUGGAGUUGGAAGAUCAAUAAACACCGAAACACACUCUAGAGAUUCACAUGACGAUUACUCCAGGACGGAUCAUCACCAAAAAACAUUCCAUACAAAUCACAAAGAAGAUUCACCCUCCCCAUUCAGAUCUCGUGAAACCGUAACAAGAAAUUCUUUAUCGACUACUCCGAGAACUACCAUUUCGGAAAAUCUCCAACCACCAGUGGAAUCACCUAGGAUAUCGAAAGUUUUUGAUGAUUUCCAACCAGAUGAAUUUUCCUUCUUAGUACCUCCAGACGUAAGAGAUGAUAAUGUAUACUUUCAAAAAGACACUUUUGAAUCGAUGAAAAACGACAAUUCACAAUUCAACCGAGACUCUUUCGAUGCUUUCAAAAGUAGCGAUGGCAAUGAAAGUUUUGAAAAAGUAUCGGUCGCUCCUGUGACCUUCAGUCCCAGAACUAAAAUGGUGCUGGACAUGGUUAAAGCGCGAGGACUUGCAAGGGAUUCAGAUUCAAGCUUCCACGUGCCGAAACCUGUUAAUUUCCUUAAACCACCAAUUUUCCCGAAGCCCGAAUCUACACCUUUCGCAAGAUUCAACUUCAAUUUUCACAACGACGACUACCCUUAUGUGGAAACCCUCCGAUCCAUUCAAAAUAACAAGCCAUCCACCUCGUCUUUCAACAGUAGUCCAUUAAUAAGAUUGGCCCCGACUACUCCGAGACCCAAGUUUUCAGCAACAGAAGCUUCUAUCUUUCCCAUUCCAACAAAACAGCUAGUUCCGGUUAGCGAUGUAGAGCUUGAUCCAUACUACCCUAAAGAUACAACCACAACCGAGUCUUAUUAUACACCGCGUCAACAAGCAAACAAACCUAGAAAACCUUAUUUUACUACAAGAAGACCACAGACUAACAGUGCUAAAUUUGAAAUUCCCUCCGUGUUACCUGAUCUUAAUAGCCUCGAAGAUUUGCUAGAUAGAAGGAAGUUCUUCUUUAUACCACGUCUUAAAUCAGUUUAGUUGAAAAGAAGUUCACGCGGUUCACAGCAGUUGCAAUGGGUGAUUCUAUGUGUUAAAAUUUAAAGAUGGUUAUAAGUUGUUUUACCUAUAUUUUUUAACUGCUUAAAAUGUUCCGAUUGUUUCGAUAUACAACGAUUAGACCUUUGUUUUAUUAGUAUCGUGCCACAUUUUGUCCGUGACUAUAAUACCUAUACAAUACCAUUAUACAAAGGAUGUACUUAAUGUGAAAAAUCAGGGUAUUAAAGUGUAUUUGUUAGAUAAUAUAAUAAGUUUUCUAAGGGGUAUUAUCUUCAAUAAUAUAAGAUGUCACAUGUAUUAAAAAAAAAUAUUGUGCUACUUUACUUUUCAAACUUCAUAUAGAUACAUAUUUUAAAAAAUUGAAAAGUUUAUUUUCAUGUUCAAUCUACUGAAAUAUAUUAGAAAGAGAAAUAUCAAAAUCAUAAAAAUAUUUUAAAGAUUCAAAAACUAAUGUCUUACGAGAUUCUCUGUGCCAAGAAAUAUUCACGUUGAAUAAACUUACGUGAAUGAUUUUUUUACGAAUGUACUGAUGAAUAUUUAAUUUAUUAGUGUUUAGACGUACUUAUACUAUUAUUAUACGCAUUUCCUAUAGAAAUUAAAUGAUAGUUAUAAUUUUUCGCUAUAUUCAUACAUGAAAAAGAUGUGUAUAUGCGAUUAAUAAUUUUAUUAACAUAUAUGUUACGUUAGAAAAGUAAUGAAAUUUAAACAAUGCCUUAGUCACUUUAAUUUAUCAGUGCAUUUUGUAAUAGCAAUAAAAAACUGGAA